UUAAUAAAGCGAUAAUGAAAGCUUGACAGCUGGAGGCUGUAGACCGAUACAAACGCGCUGUGUGGGAGGGAGAAUGACAGCGGCUCUGUGGCUCUUCACCUUGGCAAGGAGGAUAUUUACACCGGAGAACAUCACCGCCGCACGUAUGAUGAAAAUACUUUCUGAGUAAAGAAGGGUUGUGGUCACAUCGAAUAACAUGCGGAUAAGGGAGGAAAGAGACAUUUAAUUGUUCGGGGAUCAUAUUUAUUGUUAAAAAAGGCCUUUUUGAAAGACAUCUCGGGGACUAUGGGCUCAAAAGGAGUAGAGAGACGUAAACAGGCCACCCCUGGCCAGACCCCCGAGGGCAAUGUGGUGAUGAGCUUCAGUUUCGAAAGCUAUCAGCUGGAGGAAGAGGACUGCCAGGUGAAAGACAUCUCUGAUAAAGGAGUGCUGGCCCUUUCAGAACCUGUAUUUGAAGAACCUAUUCCAGACGACCGUUACCAUGGGAUCUAUUUUGCCAUGCUCCUGGCUGGAGUGGGCUUCCUGCUGCCUUACAAUAGCUUCAUUACAGAUGUUGACUACCUGCAUCAUAAAUUUCAAGGAACAUCUAUCGUGUUUGACAUGGGUUUAACAUAUAUUCUAGUGGCCCUAGUGGCCGUGAUCCUAAACAAUGUCCUGGUGGAGAUGCUGAGCCUGCACACCAGGAUCACUGUGGGUUACCUCUUUGCACUUGGACCUCUGUUUUUUGUCACUAUUUUUGAUGUGUGGCUGGAGAAGUUCAGUACAAAACAGGCGUAUGUCAUCAAUCUGAUGUCUAUGGGCACUGUGGCGUUUGGAUGCACAGUGCAGCAGUCCAGUUUCUAUGGAUACAUGGGGAUGCUUCCCAAGCGCUACACACAGGGCGUGAUGACCGGAGAGAGCACGGCAGGAGUAAUCAUUUCACUCAGCCGAAUCUUCACCAAACUACUGAUCAAAAACGAAAGGGAGAACACCAUCAUCUUCUUCGUCAUUUCCAUCUGUAUGGUGCUGGUUUGUUUUGUCCUGCACAUGCUGGUGCGACGGACACGUUUUGUCCAAUACUACACGAAUCUGGCACGACAGGGCCUGUCCCAUGCCAAAGACCACUCACACCAUGGAACCCAGUACCAGGUCCACCAUGAUGUAAUUACAGAAGAAGUAAGAUUUGGUAAUGGUGCAGUGGGCUCCUCCCCAGCUGAAGACGGAUGCACAGAUUUUGCUGGAGGAAACACUUACAUAAGAUUUGACGUUCCCAAACCAAAGAUUAAAAGGAGCUGGCCAGGCAUCAAAGACAUGAUCCUGCAUCGUUAUGUGGUUGCCAGGGUGAUCUGGACUUACAUGCUGUCUAUUGCCGUCACUUACUUCAUCACGUUGUGUCUUUUUCCUGGACUGGAAUCUGAGAUCAGGAAUGUCACAAUGGGGGAAUGGCUGCCCAUCCUGAUCAUGGCCAUCUUCAACAUAUCCGACUUUGUGGGCAAAAUCUUGGCAGCCAUACCGUAUGAAUGGAACGGAACUCGUCUUCUCUUCUGCUCCUGUGUGCGAGUAGUUUUCAUCCCUCUGUUCAUCCUGUGUGUGUAUCCCGCUCAGAAGCCCAUCUUCAGCCACCCGACAUGGCCUUGCAUCUUCUCUCUCUUCAUGGGCAUAACUAAUGGCUACUUUGGCAGUGUUCCCAUGAUUCAUGCUGCAGGCAAGGUGGCACCUGAGCAGAGGGAGCUGGCAGGUAACAUAAUGACUGUGUCCUACAUGACUGGACUGAUGUUGGGCUCUGUGGUCGCCUAUGCUGCCUACAGUUUCACCGCUUCAAGCUCCAUCUUACACUCAGAGACUGGCUACAACUUCACCCAGGGGUACUAGUACCCUAUAGUUCACGCCAAAAAAACAUGUCUGUUCCUGUCAUCAAUCUCAUCAGGCAGCACCUUUGCCACACUGUGUAGCAACUCCGCAGUUCCCAUAAAUCAGACCUCUGCUGCAGGCUUCUUUUGGCCCACCUGCAAUGCUGUGUGCCUGUGAAUGUAGUCAAAUAGAUGAAGAAACAAGCUUUGACACUGUAAAGAGUUAUAUAUAUAUAUAUAUAUGUGUGUUCUAAGUUGUGUUGCCUCUUUUGUUCUCUGAAAGUGUUUUCUUCAUGUUGCCAAAUGUUCUUUUGACUGCGUUUUGGUUAAGAUGCCAAAUGUUAGUUGUGUGGUGAUAAAGCUGGCACCACUGUGAAAAUCACUGACUCCACAUUUUGUGGUGUUAUAUAGUAUUGACAGGCAAACAUGAACGUACAUUCUGACAGGACUGAGGAACUGUACUAGAUGAGGGUCAUUAUGUCUAGAUGCAUGUAAAAGGGAUUUGCUGAAAAUAACAUCAUAGUCAGUGCAAUGUGGAUACUGGACCUUUUUGCUAAAGCUAACUGAAUGUAAACAUAUCUAAAUAAAUGUUUUUUUUUUUCUUUGUA